AAUAGUCUGCCCGAGUCCUUGUUGGAAAGUCUAAGCACCUUUCCCUUUUCUAUUUUUUUUUUCCUAGUCAUUAUAAUGCCAACACCUUGCAGCCAUUGAGUUUGGAUUUUUCAACCCAAAAAACCCACCAUGGGCUUGGAAAUUUCCAUCAUCUCCCCGUCUCAUCCAAAGUCCGGGUUUGGGCUCGGCUGCUGAGGAGAAUGCACUGGUUUUCUUCAGUUGCGCACACGAGUGGAAAUAAUGGGUAAGCCUCUCCACCUGAAGUUAUAUCAAAGUGACACACCCCUGAUGGUGAUAAUCAUAAUCUAAAUAUGCAGAAUAAUGAGUCUACUUUUGAGGCUCUACCAUAAAAGCACAAAAUAAUGUAGACCCAUCAAUAUUCCAAUCACAAAUGGCAGCAAAAGCACAAAAUAUUUACAAACCUCAUUAGUAUUCUAAUGGUAAAUGGCAGCACCCAUGCUGCAAAUAUGACACAUUUUUCAGCUUUUACACCCAAACCUUAAUUGAUAAAUACACAUUUAAGGACACGGUCCGGAUGCUUUAAAUUCCUCACUUAGCAUUUUCUACAACAUCAUCUUCAAUCAAAAUGAAAAUGGUGACAUAUUCUCUCUUCCUUUCCUUGUUAUUUUCCAUCUCCAUCUCCAUCUCCAUCUCCAUCGAUCCCUCCUCCUCCUAUGCUGUCGACUUUCAGCCAACCAAGCUUGUGAACAAGGUAUGUAACCAAACCUCGAACUAUAGCUUCUGUGUUGAGUCUCUGUACACCGAUUCACGUACCCACAAAGCUGAACGCUAUGAGCUAGCCUACGUUGCAUUCCGGCUGGCAUCAUUUAAAGCCACUAGCACCAAAGACCACAUAGCUAAGCUGCUAAAGAAUAAUGCAACUGCAGGCCAAAGCCGACAUAUCCAGAGGUGUUCUCGCGUGUACAAGAAGGCUGUUUCCGCCCUCGCCGAGGCUUACGGAGACUUGGACUCUGAGAGCUUCUACAUGUUGGUUGGUUUGUCGAAUCAUGCCACCCAUGCUGCCGCCGACUGUCAGGCCGCUUUGAAGGGAACGCGUCUACGCACCCCACUGACUGCCAUGAACGAGGUUUUUAAGGUUCUUUGUGAAAUUUGCGUUGCCGUCUCGAGAUUAUUUUAG